UAGAUUUAAGGAGGGAGGAAGUUUGUGAGUGAUCGAUUUUACACCGGCCCCAAACUUCUCAACGGCAUUUCUCUUUGUUUGCCAUUACGCGCGUGGACAAUUUUGAAACAAAAGUAUCGAGUCAGUGCCGCAUUACUAAAAUGGCGAACACGUUUCGCGGAGUGACGGUGUCCGCCGUCAACAAUGACGGGGCUCUUACGCCGCGAUUCAAUUUCCCUACAAACGUAAACGUGGAUUACGAUCCUCAAGGGCUAAGUGUAAAAGUGAUACGUGCCGACCCUGUACUAGCGCAAGAGCUGUUGGAAUUUCCCGUCCACAAUCUGAGUGAGUGUUCAAGGGUAGCGGGCCAGUCGUACAUCUUCACGAUUGACAAUGAAACCUUGUUUUUCAAAUUCGCAUCAGACGCUGACUGUCAGAAUUUCCAUCUCCUGGUCACAAAAAUUAAGGCAGGUCGGUCGUCGAGCGUGUUUACGGUGCGCACGGAGGACUCGUCCGCGAUGCAGUACUUCCAAUUCUAUGGAUACCUUAGUCAGCAGCAGAACAUGAUGCAAGAUUAUGUUAGGACAAGUACGUAUCAGCGUGCUAUUUUAUCGAACCUUAACGAUUUCAAAAACAAGGUUGUAUUGGACGUUGGCGCGGGUUCUGGUAUUUUAUCAUUCUUUGCUGCACAAGCUGGUGCGCGAAAAGUGUACGCGGUUGAGGCAAGUAAUAUGGCACAUCACGCGCAGGCCCUAGUGCGAGCGAAUGGUCUUCAUGAUCGCAUCACCGUAGUCGCGGGAAAAAUAGAAGAAAUAGAACUUCCUGAAUGUGUAGAUGUGAUAAUAUCUGAACCAAUGGGCUACAUGUUGUAUAAUGAACGGAUGUUAGAGACAUAUUUACAUGCAAAGAAGUGGCUCAAACCAAAUGGUAACAUGUACCCAACUCGUGGUGACUUACACAUCGCUCCCUUCACUGACGAUGCACUCUUUAUGGAACAGUACAACAAGGCAAACUUUUGGUAUCAGACAUGUUUCCACGGUGUAGAUUUAAGUGCAUUGCGUACAGCUGCAAUGAAAGAAUAUUUUAGACAACCAAUAGUUGAUACAUUUGAUGUCCGCAUUUGUAUGUCUAGGUCGGUGAGACACGUUGUUGAUUUCCUCAAUGCUAAUGAAACUGACCUACAUCGUAUUGAAGUGCCAUUUAGAUUUCAACUUACACAGUCUGGAACUUGUCAUGGGCUUGCAUUCUGGUUCGAUGUGUUAUUUGCAGGCAAUACCCAGCAUAUCUGGUUAUCUACAGCGCCAACGGAACCUCUAACACAUUGGUAUCAAGUAAGAUGUUUGCUUGAGACUCCAAUAUUUGCCAAGCAAGGACAGGCGCUUUCAGGCAGAGUGCUUUUGUUAGCAAACAAGAGGCAGAGUUAUGAUGUGACCAUGGAGAUUAAUCUAGAAGGAACAAAUAUUUCAUCUUCUAAUACGUUGGAUUUGAAAAACCCUUACUUUAGGUACACAGGGGCACCGGCUGCUCCUCCUCCCGGAGUGAACACAACCUCACCAGGUGAGGCAUACUGGAAUACAAUUGAUGCAACAGGAGGGUUGACUAAUGGACAAGUAAUCCUUACUGAUGGUACCCAACAAUACUGCACAACGCCAGAUAAAACAAUCGCCUAUGGGGCCCAUCCUAACAUGAUUAAGACGGUGAUGUUGCAAGAAGAGUUCAUCAAGAGGAUUGGAAUUAGUCAAAAUGGCGAUAUAUAAUCCGCAAAGACGCGCCGUGCGCGCCUCAGGGCUCUUAGAAACCGUCAAAACCGGUUGUGAACUUUCUUCCGUUCGAACAGUGUAGUGUUUAAGCAGACUUAUUUAUUUACAAGGAAAGCAUCACAGUUUUUUUUUUGUUUAACGGGGGACAUUGACAAUGUGAAUGCAUUGGUAUGAUUGUUCUACAUAAUCAUGUAUAAGUGUGGUUGCCGGUUGCACUCGGGCAAAGUUUUGAUCAACCCUUUUAGGUGGAUGUUUUAUUAAGAUAUUUGUACAACGCUUAUUAGUGUAAUAUGAAAUGGACAUUGCUUUAAACCGACUUUUUUUUAAUGUAAAUAUCCCCCCAAUCCAUUGUAUUUGACGAUUUGUAAAACUCUCCGAAAGGGUUGGUCAUGCAGAGGCAGCUGUAUAACUGUCAUUGCUCAAAUCUACAAAUUUUAUUCGUAAAUAGAAACAGUCUUCAUUUUUGUUAAUUAAGGCCAUGACAAUGGAGAAUUUUUUAUAAACCGGUCAGAGUUCCUCAUCCUACCGUUAGAUUUGUACAGUGACAGUUGUAUUUUAUUAAGCAAGUAAUAUAGUUAUUGCAAGUACACCUAGAAUUAAGAGGAAAGUGCUGAAUUCGACUAAGCUACAGUGUCAAUACUCAUAUAUCAUUAAUGGCCCAACUUAUUUCGAAAAUAAGUAAUUCUUGAUGUCUCAUUUUAUUGUUUUUAUUUUUUUUUUUAUUUAGAAAAUCCUGUCUGCCAAUCAUAUUGAUUGUGGUUUAACAAGAAGUUACUGAUUGUGUUUCUGUCAACACUAUAAGACAAUUCUUUAAUUCUAUUUGAUAUAGAAAGAUAGGGUAAAAAAAUGAUAUUUCAAAAUUGGUUGACAUGUUUAGGCUACACAAUUGCACAUACAAUUUAACACUCAACCCAUGUAAUGCCCUUCUAUUUAUUUUGUGAAAACUGUGAACAUUUUGAGUUAUUCUUUCAACAGACAUUUUUUUUGUGCA